AUGGGCUCAACGCUGAAUUAUCAAGUUGGCGAGAAAGUCCUCUGCUAUCAUGGCCCUGUGAUAUACGAGGCCAAGGUCCUGAAGGCGGAGAUUUGGGAUGCCGCUAACAUUAAAACUGGUACUGCGGGCCCACACUAUUUUGUGCACUACAAGGGGUGGAAGCAAACAUGGGACGAGUGGGUUGUCCAGGACAGGCUGCUGAAAUAUAACGACGAGAGUUUGGCAAUGCAGAAGACUAUCAAUUCACAAGCGCUGAAUAAAAAUGACGGGAAAACUCGGACAUCCGCUGCCGCUGGUGGUUCUUCAAAGACCGGAAGUGGUGGAAGGAGGGACUCACGAGCGGUUGCGGACACAGCGAGGUCGAAGCGAAAAAGAGAAGAGGUGAUUGACAGUUCCCAGAAAUACGAACUUAAGCUGACGAUACCUGAAACGAUUAAAGUGAUAUUGGUAAAUGAUUGGGAGUUUGUGACCAAGAAUAACCAGCUCGUUACCCUGCCACGAAAACCUUGCGUACGGGAUCUCCUGGAGGAGUUCAAGCAGUAUGCUACGUCGCAGAUGCAUCCCAGUAGCAAAAUUGAUCUUCUGCCAACAUUGUUGGCAGGACUCCAGACUUACUUCGACCGAUCCCUCGGGAGCAUGCUCUUAUAUCGCUACGAGCGACCCCAGUAUGCACAAACGCGUAAGCAGUAUAUAACAGGUCAGCAUGUCAACCCAGGGGAAGAAAAAGAAAUGAGUCAAGUCUACGGUGCGGAGCAUUUGUGUCGGCUCUUUGGUGAGUUGCGGUAUCCACAAGCGAUUUGUUCGGCUGAUCUGUCUGCAGUCAAGUUACCUGACAUGGUGGCACACACCUCGAUGGAUGAAGUAUCUAUCAAUAUCCUACGAGAUUUCGUAAACGACUUCAUGAAAUGGCUUGUAACGCAACAUGACAGGGUGUUCUUGAAGACAUAUAAUUAUCCAGGGCCACAUUACCACAAUGUUGCCAGAACUUGAUGAAUUCCGGGAUAUUUGUAGAACUGCAUUUCUGGCCUCACGAUUUAUCAUACACUCUCAUGUAUUUGUGUCCUGUUUUAAAGAUGCCAUACUAUCUUGAUAAAUUAUGCUUCAAUCACAUAUGAAACAGG